UCUCCUCCUGCGCCGCCAGACACUCACGCACGCAUCGAACCUGUCAGUCGCGCUCGAUCCCCUUUUCCCUCUCUCUGAUCCCCUCAUCCCCCUCCUAGCGUUGCCGCCAGAGUACCUCGUCGACCCCGCAGCCGCCUGCAGCUCCGUCCAGAGAGAAGCUCCCCGCGCCAGUUCCUCCCGCGAGCCGCGCAUCCUCUUCCAGCCAGUCGUCGUCCUGGACCCCGACACGCCCCUUCUCCUCCCUGGAUUUUCCUCGUCGGCGCGCACCUCAUGCCGGCGAGCACGACGCCCUCCGCGCGGCCCCCCUUCCUCUGCUACUUCUGCUUCCUCGCCCUCGCUGCUCACCCGCGGGCCACGCGGCCUGAUGCCGGCCUCGCCGGAGCAUGCUGCCAGCAGCAGGUCGCCGCCGAGUCAUCUCGUCAGACGCCCAUGCCGGAGACCUACUCGUCGCCUCCCUGCGGCCUCCUCCUUGUCGCCUGCGUCGGUCCCCGCUGCUUCGCCGGGAGCAGCACCACCACAGGCCCUUGGCUCGAGCUGCUACUCACCACCAACCAACGCCGACCCAGGACAGGACCUUGCCAGGUCCACCCCGCUCCGGCCACGACACCGGCAAAACCACUGCUGCAUCUGUACAUCGCGUUGUUGCUCGUUGCAUGUCAAGACCGUCUCUGUGGGGGCCCGAGCUGCUACUCACCACCGACCAAUGCCGACCCAGGACAGGACCUUGCCAGGUCCACCCCGCUCCGGCCACGACACCGGCAAGACCACUGCUGCAUCUGUACACCACGUUGUUGCUCGUUGCAUGUCAAGACCGUCUCCGUGCGUUUACACCAAGUACCACUACCGCCAAGUACCUCUUCACAAGACCAAGUACCUCUCCGAACGAACGUGAACGACUAUCGUCGCAAGAACGGGACCGGAAAGUCCGAAGACCCCAAGUACCACGACACCGAUGACAUGAACAUCUACGGAAUGUGUACGACUUCACGGCAUUGCACCAAGUACCCCGAUGGCCGGAGCCCUCGGAUACAUCAAGCUCGUCUACGAACCGAGAACAACUACCAUCUUCGAAGAACCAUGUAACGAAACCGUCAAGUUCGACUAUGACUCGUGUACGACUACGCGGAGUUCCUCGGACGCCAAGUUCAACGAUGCAUCAAGUUCCUCGCCGUGACCCCGAACAUCUACGGAAACUCAUGCUACGAUAAACAUGUACCUCUACCGUCGACCCUAGAGCAUGCGAGAACGACUACUUCCCUCGAUGUCCCGAGAACGUCUACUUCCCCUACACCGCAUCGAACUCGAACCCCUCCGAUAACACACGCUUCAGAGGUAUAACCCCGAGACGACCGCCCGUGAACGAAUGCAUGUGUGAUGUAUGAGAUGCUCGUGCUUGCUCCAUGCUCGAAUUGUCGGUGCACGUUGCCCCUCUUUUGCCUUGUCACCAUCAUCGACUCAUGGGACACUUGGUAUCCGAGAGUGCCCCACCAUCUUUUGCGCGUAUCCGCACACUUCUCCUUUGCAUCGGUAUCUCAAUCGAGUUACCGGAAC